AAGAUGCAGGAGGGGUGUAGAAGCUUCUCUGAAACAUUUAUUUGAAAAAUUCGUUCACGCCCAUAACUUUCCUGCUCAACUUAUUAAUCUUCUUCCAUUUCCAAGCAAUAAACUAUUCUUUUCUUCGACCCCACAAUACUGCUUUUCCCUACAACUCUGCUCCCCGUCUUCAAUUCCCUCUACCCUUCCCCCUUCACUCGAUUCCACAGAUCUAUGGUGCGGUUCCGUGUGGUGGACUUGUAAGAUUAGCAUUCCAACGGCCAAGUAAGUAAGGUGAUGUAAACAUGAGUGUCUGCUUUCCUGUUAGUCAAUCUUCCAUAAAUGCCGUUAUCGUGAAAGGUCGUACUAGGCUGCUGAUGAGCAGUAACAUCUGCAGUCUUCAGACCAGAGGAACUUCCUGUUCAUUUUCUUCCAGUUUUUACCCCGGGAAGUCAGAGACAAAUUAUGUUGCUCUUUCUAUUUGCAGAAAACCGUCUUGUUCAAUGAUUAUGGGCCAAACUAUCAAAGGAGGUUACCUUGGAUCAUGCUGCUCCAAGCCAAGGGGGAAUACUCAAGUCUUUAGCUCUGUAGUAUCUGGUAAGAGACAUAGCGAUAUUUCAUUGUCGUGUCAAAGUUUGAGUAUGAGGCUGUCGGUUCCUAAGCAAAAAAUGCUUUCCAAACUUAAGUGCAACGUUGGACGGAUAACUUGGCCACGUGGUUGUGCAUCAGUUGGCUUUAUUUUCGGAUUGUUUGUUUGUAAUUUAAGUUCUGAGCCUGCACAUGCUGAGACAGAUCAUGGAAGUGACAAUAGGAGCGAUGACUGCGACGAGUCAAAUGUUAAACUAGCACACGGGAAGAAAGUUCACACCGACUAUUCUGUAAUUGGAAUACCUGGAGAUGGAAGAUGCAUGUUUCGGUCAGUUGCUCACGGGGCUUGUUUGAGAUCAGGAAAACCCCCACCUAAUGAAAGCCUUCAGAAAGAGCUAGCCGAUGAUUUACGGGCCAAGGUUGCUGAUGAGUUUAUUAAAAGAAAGGCAGAAACAGAAUGGUUUAUUGAAGGUGAUUUUGAUUCAUAUAUUUCACAAAUAAGGAAGCCUCAUGUGUGGGGAGGUGAACCUGAAUUGUUCAUUGCUUCACAUGUUUUGCAGAUGCCAAUCACUGUAUAUAUGUAUGAUAAGGAUGCUGGUGGGUUGAUAUCAAUAGCUGAGUAUGGCCAAGAAUAUGGCAAGGAAAAUCCAAUUAGAGUUCUCUACCAUGGGUUUGGUCAUUAUGAUGCAUUAGAUAUUCCUAGAAGAAAGGGUCCUAAGUCAAGACUCUAGAAUUUCACAUUUCAAAUGUUGAAGAGAUUAGAAUUUAGAAGAAUUUAUUGAUUUUAUUUUACUACUCCUCUUGGCCUAAAAUAAGUGUCAUAUAUGAUAAAAUUAUUUGAUUCAAAAUAAGUGUUUUUAACUUUCAAUGCAA